GCUGGGGGGCAGUAGGAAGACAAGAGACCGCAUGUAGCGCAGGAGUGACUCUGGAGACACAGCAGAGAAGGGGUUAAGCGACUCCUGGCUGGAAUGCCUGGAAUGCUGGAGCUUAUCAGGACGUACCAAAGGUCAGACAGGAGGGGUGGCGGUGAGCAAUCCGUACCUAGGCAGUGAUUGGUUUCUUCCGCUGGCCUCGAUUUCCCCUGCCGCGAAGAGCAGUUGGUAUGUUCCGGUGGAAGCUCCUGCCUGUGCGGAGAUAGACGAGUAGGUUCGUACCUGAGUCCGAAGAGAGGCGGAAAAGAUCGGUCGUGUCCGUAGCUCCGGCGCGUCUGUAAGGCCCUAUUGAGAACAGGUUUUCUCCAGUGCUGAGUGCACCUUGGGUAGUGAAUGGCUGUCAGACUGAGUGAGUGCGAUACUCCUGUGUGGCGCUGCUGAAUUACCUCCAUGGAGGGCAAAGGUGGCAUCUCCACUGCAGCGAUGUCCCUGAGUGGCCCCUCACUGGAUGUGAGCCUAAAGCAGAGGGCCCGGGUAAUAUCGGAGCUGAGUGAGAAGCAGAAGGAGCUGCAGGAGUCACUGAGACAGAAGCUGACGGAGCUGACAAGGCUGUGUUUGCAGGAAGCUGAGCUGACAGGGCACGUGCCUGAUGAUUUCCCCCUAGAAUAUGGAGAGAGGCCCCCAGUUGUGUCCAGGAGACCAAAGGCAACCUUUAGGGUGAGCGCAGCCACAGUGACCAGGGCAGAGGAGUUGCAGCUGGAGCGCUUGGAGAGGGACUUUGCUGUGCAGCUGCAGAUGGCAGAGGCGGCCCGGAAGCUGAGCCUGGCAGCAGAACAGAGCGUGGAGAUGAAUAGUGAGCAGCGACGCAAGAGAAGGCUGGUGUAUCUGGAUGCGCUGAGGAGGCUCCAGGAGCUCGAGGAGCAGAGUAACAACCUGAGGAGGAAACUGGGUCUGAGGCCUGUGCAUAGGGAUCCCAGCAACCUAUUCGAUGAAGCCCACCCAUCAGAGAACAGUUCCUUGUCAGAGAGCAGCAGCUACGAGGAUAUUCUGGGCCAGGGGGCAAGGCCGUCCCCUCCUCGUAUCUCCGAAAAUUCCCGCAAAGUGUCCAACAGUCCAGAGAGAAGGGUGGGGUGGAAGUCUUCACCUGUGAUGCUCCAUAGUGAUGUUCACAACCAGCGCAACUCCAUGGCCAGCGCAGCAAGCCCCACUCGUUCCUUCCCUCGGAGUCUGUCCAGUCUGGAGGGCCGCAGUGUCCCAGCUACACCAAUCCUGAGUCGGAAUUCCUGCAGCAGCUCCGCCCUCAGGUCGGAGGGGUCAGGCCUUUCUCAGUGUCAGUGGUCCGGAAGCCAGGAUUCCCAGGUGGGCUUCCCUAGUGAUCGGCCCUCGGGCCAUGCUGCUCGGAGCCGGCGCAGUAACAGCUCUGAAGCUCUCAUCGAGCGCCCUCCUCCUUCUGAAGCUCCCGCCAAACCCUCCUUCAAAAGCUCUGAAAGUCUGAGUGAGCACCCCCAGUCUUUUCCACCCCAGCAACAGGGGGCCCGAUCCCCAGAUCCUCGAACCCCCAGCAGCAACUGUCGGCUCCCCUACGAGGAGAUUCUGCUGGAUUAUUACAUGGAAAGGCAGCAGCCUCGUGGCUGGACUGAGCCUGAGGGCGAGUGGUUUGUAGAGGCUGACGGCAGCGGCCAUUACUCUCGGCGGGAUGGCUACUACGAUGGAUUCCCAGGUAGCCCAGCGCUCCGGAACAGCCGGGUUGAAAUGCAACAGCAGCGCAGGAACGCUGCUCGUACCAAGUCCUGUGGCCCCCAACUGUCAGAUGUGGGCAGUUUUCAGCAAUCCUGGCAACGGCCUCCCCCCCAGGCCUGUCCUCCAGGCCCCAGAUCCCGCAGUCAGCCUCGUGCCCCCCCACCCGAGACUCUGGAGAGGAGUGUGCACAAAGCUCUGGCCCUGGAGGGUCUUAGGGACUGGUAUCUGCGCAAUUCUGCAGUCACCAGCGCACUCCAGCGCUGCCCGGUCUCUUCUCAGAUGCCAAACCAACGCUACUACCGACCCCCUUACACUGAUGCACAUUACCAAGCUGCCUCCCCCCUGCCCCAUUCCAUCAGUUUCACUGGGGCUCCAAUGCACAGCAGGCACUUGUCAGAGUAUCUCGGGCAGGAGUGGUGUAGCCAGGGACCAUCAGAUGGCACCACACCUGGGACAUUAGUCUGACACUAUCCGCCAUUGCAACAAGAUGGCUCCUGCCUUCGGCAAUCAAGUAGCCGCGAUGGCUCGCACUGCCUGUGUAUCACGUGUCCCAGCUCUAGUGGCCAGGACGUGGCUUUCCCUCCAGCAGCAGCAGCAGAAUUGUGGGAGAGCCAAUGAUAAAUCAGCAAAUCCAAUAAGAAACUGACAGGUGCUGAUCUUUUGCCAAGCGGUAACCACUAGUACAAAGUGCCUGUGCCAUCAGUACCCUGCUCAUGUUCAGCCGGGGAGGGGGGCACAGAAUGUGGCACAAGGGGAGGGGCAUGUGUUUGGGCAAUGAGUUGGCAGAAGCCUGGGCACAGACUGGGGUACUACAGGACUGAGCUGGACUUGGUCUCACACACGAGAGAAUCGGCCGACUCGCAGAAUGUUCUUUGUGUGACUUCUCAUUGUUACGAACGCUCAUUCCUGACUGCAACACUGUGUGCAAUAGUUACAGGCCCCCCGGCCUCCCACCUUUUGUGUACGGCCAUUUCCCAAUAAAUUGUGCAAAACAUUGAUCUUUAUUAGUCCUCAAUCCCAGACUCUCUCUCAUCCUCUUACAUAGAGCCAGUGUAGUUCCUGUGAACCCCCAGUCUCCUAGUGUACCCCCACCCUCAAUAAACACUCCCUUUCUCUA